AGGAUUUCCCAAGAUUCAAACUCGGCUCACGGUUUGCCACGUCCCCCUCGAGAGAAUGUUAGGGACAGAAAGAGAAAGAAACGUCAAAAGUACGCAAACCGCGAGAAUAAAUAACAAAAUACCAGGUUGUUGGGGAUGGUCCCGCUUCAGUCCGCGGGCUGACCAACUGCCCGCAGUUGACCACGCGCGCGGCACAGCUCUGCGACCUCAGACUCCCCGGCGCCUCGCGCGGCGGUGACGCAGUCCCGGCAGCGGCGCGCUGACGUCACCGCGCGUCGGCUUGUUCCCUGUCAGGGCGCGGGGCUUCGGGAUCGCUGAGCGGGAGCUGGCAGGGGACCGUCUCCCGCUGGCAUCGCUCCUGUCGGGUGUGUGGAGGAGGCCGCCGGGCCGCAACGCCGUUAUAGGUGUGCUGCCCUUGCAGUGAGAUUUACAGCCCUGAAGAGACUACUUUUUCCCCUCAUUUUUUUUUUCUGCUGAAGCAAUAAAUCCCAUUAUGGAGACCCAGAAACUUUAUAAAGGGAUAUAGUUUGAUUUCUGUGGAGUGUAAUUUUGUGUAUGAAUUGUAUUUUUAAAAUACGAAGGGUUUUCGUAAAGAAGGCUAGUAUUAAUUACUGGUACAUUAUGCAUAAACAGUAAUUCUUUUGGUAAUACAAUAUUUUAUUAAGCAUUCGUGAUAACACUAGAAAGGACAAGCUUUAUCUUGAUAAAUUGAUUUAUCUUUAGUUACACAAUGAAUAAUAUAGAUGCAUGAUCGUUAAGACAGGUUGAUUUUUAAAUGCAGUGUAGAAAGUUUCUGUGGAAAUUCUAUUAACUAGUUUUUGGAGAAAGUACCUUCGAUUGAUCAACUAUAAUAAAGUGGUAUGCCAAGUUAGGAAAUGGAAACAUAAUAAUUAACAAAGAUAGAAAAAUUAGCAGUUUCUGAGCUUUAAGCAAAAUUCAUUUCUCUUGACAUCGUACACUCUGUAACAGGUAUAGGUUCAACAAAGUUUGUGUGUUAUCAUUCCCAAAAGUUGUUAGCUGAAACUAAUAUAGUCCACUUAAGUAAAAACCGAUGAUAAGCUGUGUGAAAUUAGCCUUUAGAUACGUGUGCCCAUAUGAAGACCUUAAUUCUUGUUUAUUAGAUUAACAAGAUUUUUUUUUUUGAUAAUCACAUUAAAGUACUUGUAGAGAAAGAAGCCUCCAUAUAGUUUUUUCUUAUAACAAAAUUAGUAAGUAAUUGGCUUGAUAUUCAGGCUUUGUAGCUUGUAACCAAAAGCAAAUUAAAAGUAUAAUUUAGGUACUAUAUAGUUGUUUAGAAUUUUGAGAAUAUAAACUUUGAAAAGUCAAGUCUUUUUUGAACAUUUUCAGAGGUGUGUCAAUUUCUUUCAGGCCAUUAGCUUAGUAUUACACCAAAGAAUGAGCCAUUAACACUUGAGUUACCUAAAAGAGUUAAUAUAAUCUCAAAGAGUACUAAAGAGUAUUUUGGUAAUUUAGAAGCGAUAUCCAUUCCACCUGAGUGUAAAUCCAAUAAAGGAGUGUAAAUCCAAUAAAGGAGUGAAUUUCAGGUGCGAAUCCAAUAAAGGAGUGAAUUUUACAUAAGUAGGAGCCUAUCAUUUGAUUGUUUUUUAUAGUAAAAAUCUAGUGUGAAGAGAUGAGAAAUUUCAUGUGAAGGUUUCUAUCUAUCAAAAAGUAAAAUCACUCAUGCACAAAACUACCUCCCAACGACUUGUCCCAGGUCCCUCAUAUCAAAAAAAUUAACAGUAUAAUGGAAGAUAGCACCAUCUUGUCAAAUUGGACAAUCGGCAACAAACACAAAAUGAAAUAUGACUUUUCAUGUGAACUCUACAGAAUGUCUACGUAUUCAACUUUCCCUGCUGGUGUUCCUGUCUCAGAAAGAAGUCUUGCUCGUGCUGGUUUUUAUUACACUGGUGUGAAUGACAAGGUCAAAUGCUUCUGUUGUGGCCUGAUGCUGGAUAAUUGGAAACAAGGAGACAAUCCUAUUGAAAAGCAUAAAAAGUUGUAUCCUAGCUGUAGCUUUAUUCAGAAUCUGGUUUCUCUUACUAAUUUGGAAUCCACCUUUAAGAAUAUUUCUCCGAUGAGAAACAGUUUGACACAUUCAUUAUCUCCCACUUUGGAACAUGGUGGCUCAUCCAGUGGUUCUCAUUCCAGCCUUUCACCAAACCCUCUUAAUUCUAGAGCAGUUGAAGACUUCUCCCCAUUGAGGACUAACCCCUACAGUUAUGCAAUGAGUACUGAAGAAGCCAGAUUUCUCACUUACCACAUGUGGCCAUUAACCUUUUUGUCACCAUCAGAAUUGGCAAGAGCUGGUUUUUAUUACAUAGGACCUGGAGAUAGGGUAGCCUGCUUUGCCUGUGGUGGGACACUAAGUAACUGGGAACCAAAGGAUGAUGCUAUGUCAGAACACCGGAGACAUUUCCCCAACUGUCCGUUUUUGGAAAAUUCUCUAGAAACGCUGAGGUUUAGCACUUCAAAUUUGAGCAUGCAGACACACGCAGCUCGACUGAGAACAUUUAUGCGCUGGCCAUCUAGUGUUCCAGUUCAACCUGAGCUGCUUGCAAGUGCUGGUUUCUAUUAUGUGGGUCACAAUGAUGAUGUCAAAUGCUUUUGUUGUGAUGGUGGCUUAAGGUGUUGGGAAUCUGGAGAUGACCCAUGGGUAGAACAUGCCAAGUGGUUUCCAAGGUGUGAGUUCUUGAUACGCAUGAAAGGACAGGAGUUUGUUGAUGAGAUUCAAGCAAGAUAUCCUUAUCUUCUUGAACAGCUGUUGUCAACUUCGGACACUCCUAGAGAUGAAAAUGCUGAUCCACCAAUUGUUCAUUUUGGACCUGGAGAAAGUUCUUCAGAAGAUGCAGUCAUGAUGAAUACACCUGUGGUUAAAGCUGCUUUGGAAAUGGGCUUUAGCAGAAGCCUGGUAAAACAGACAGUUCAGAGUAAAAUCCUAACAACUGGAGAGAAUUACAAAACAGUUAAUGAUAUUGUGUCAGCACUUCUUAAUGCUGAAGAUGAAAAAAGACAAGAGGAGAAGGAGAGACAAACUGAAGAAAUGGCAUCAGAUGAUUUGUCAUUAAUUCGGAAGAAUAGAAUGGCUCUCUUUCAGCAAUUGACAUGUGUGCUUCCUAUUCUGGAUAAUCUUUUAAAGGCCAAUAUAAUUAAUAAACAGGAACAUGAUAUAAUUAAACAGAAAACACAGAUACCUUUACAAGCAAGAGAACUUAUUGAUACUGUUUUAGUUAAAGGAAAUGCUGCAGCCAACAUCUUCAAAAACUGUCUAAAAGAAAUCGACUCUGCAUUAUAUAAGAACUUAUUUGUGGAAAAGAAUAUGAAGUAUAUUCCAACAGAAGAUGUUUCAGGUUUGUCACUAGAAGAACAAUUGAGGAGAUUGCAAGAAGAAAGAACUUGUAAAGUGUGUAUGGACAAAGAAGUUUCUAUUGUAUUCAUUCCUUGUGGUCAUCUGGUAGUAUGCCAGGAAUGUGCCCCUUCUCUAAGAAAAUGCCCUAUUUGCAGGGGUAUAAUUAAGGGUACUGUCCGUACAUUUCUCUCAUAAAAAAAUAGUUUAUAUGUUAGCCUUUAUGUAAAAAACUUUAAAAUAUUGUUGAACAUUUGACGCCAUCUAAAGUAAAAAAGGAGCUAUUGGUUCUUUAAUUAGUAACAUAUGUGUUCUACCCUGCUUUGGUACUAGUAAUGUUGUUUCAAAAAGUUGUAUUGUAUAUUGUAUUUAAUCUUAAUCUCUGUUUAUAUGAAAGGGAAGAUUUAUGUUUGAUGGGCUAUUUUGUGCACAUGUGUGAACAUAGAAAUUAAAGAAGUAGUCUCAGUGCUAUUAUGUAUAAUUUCAGGAGUGACUGAAUUUGGUAUUCUUUCUGAAAGCUUUGAGUACUACAUUAUAGUAUAGUUUAAAAACUGGAAACUAGGAACUCUGGAGUUUAUCAGUUAUGGUGUUAGAUUUUCUUUGGUGAUUUUCACUUGUGUAGUAAAAUAAGACUUUUCCUUUAACUGGUAAAUAAGCUUUUCUCUGAUUUGUGAGAAACAUCUUAAUAAAGUUCUUUAAAAAGACUA